UAGUAGGAAGCACUGCUCUCUGACUUCUUUCCUCCUCACAAUGCUUUUCCUCCUUCAUUUGUCCGCUGAGCUGCGAACAUGGACACACACUUACCCACGCUCUUCUUAUUAAUGCUGCUGAACUUCUCCACAUACAGCGGGUUCCUGAUCAGACACACGAGUAAAGGUGUGUGUGUGACGGUUAAGGAUGGAGUGGGUGUGGUUCUGAGGAUCUGUGACGUGAAGAACCCAUCUCAGGCCUGGACCUGGACUGUGGACAGGAAGCUGAAACACACUCACUCAGGUGUGUGUUUAUGGGUGAACCCGAGCCUGGGCGUGCCCUCUCACGCCCGCCUGGUGAAGACACGCCCCUGUAACUCCGCCCCUGCUUGGAAGUGUUACGAUGAGUUCGGGACCUUCGGGCUGGAGCUGUUGCCUCUGUACCUGCAGAAACAGGGCGAGCGGGCCGUGGUCCGGUCUGAACCCAAACACUCCAACUGGACCCAGUACACGGAGCAUAAAGUGGAGCUGACACACCUUUGCUCAAACACAGGUCCAUCAACAGCUGCUACAACCACAGGAGUGAUAGCAACAGUGAAGAUCCCUGUUACAGCCCACAACACAGUUAGAACCAGAACCAAAAGGACCAGGACCACUGGUACCUUUAAUAAGGACAAACUGACUCACACAGUUGAGUCGGGACUUCUCAACAUGGAGAAACAGGAAGCCAUCUCUGUCACGCAGCUCCCUUCUGAAAUGAGAAAUAUGAUGAGUAAUGUCACGGCUGUUUUAGAUUUCCUGCAGAACAUGCACUGGAGCAUGGAGGCGACCUCAGAGUUUACACGUAAUCCCACUGAAAGGCACAAUGUGGUGACAUCACAUCCUGCAAUGGAUGAAGCUACACGCUUCAGAUCUCCAACUGCAUCGAACCCCUCCAACUCCCUCAAUUCCUCUAACUCCUCCUCAAACUCUUCCUCCAACUAUUCCUCCACUGCCUCUGUCUUCUCAACAUCAGUACUUGAAAUUUCAGCACAAAUGUUUUCAGCAGCCGAGACUCAGCCUGACAUCAAACCUGUAAAACACACGACAACACGGUCACGUAUCCCAGGAAGCCGACACACAGUAACUUCAAGAGCAGCACUAAGCAAAACUCAGACACCGAGCGUGAUGACUGCAAACACAACUGCAACCACAGCUUCCCCCACAGCGACCACAACUGCCCCUACAGUGACCAUGACUGAGACCACAACUGCCCCUACAGUGACCAUGACUGAGACCACAACUGCCCCUACAGUGGCUGAAGCACUGAGUGAAACCACAUCUACUGCAGCUCCUACACCAGCUACAACUAAACCCAUAACUGGAGCUACUCAAACAACCAUGACUGCCCCUGUACCCCAAAAUACUACUACAUUUACAACUGCUCCUGGGACUAGAGCAGCUCCAACUACAACUGGAUUUGUACCUAAAUUUAUUACGUCAACUAAUUCUAAAAGGGUAACUACACCCAGGCCUGUAACUACGGUAAUUGGAGCAACUGCAACAUCCUGUGUUACUACUGCAGCUCCAACUACAACUGCUCCUGGAACUGCUUCAACUCCAAAAACAACUACUCCUGUAACUGUUUUAGCUCCAACUGCAACUGCCCCCCUUAUAAAUACAGCUAGCAGAGCAACUAGACCUAUAACCAAAGCUCCCAGGUUCCCCUUAAUUACCCCUAUUAAUAAAGCAAGAAGGGUAACUACAUCUACCCCUGCAAUUUCUACAGCUCUAACUACAACUCCAGCUACAAUUGGCUCAAUAAAUACAGCUACUGAGGCAACUACAUCUGCCCCAAUAACUACAACUACUGAGGCAAGUACAUCUGCCCCAAUAACUACAACUACUGAGGCAACUACAUCUGCCCCAAUAACUACAACUACUGAGGCAACUACAACUGCCCCAAUAACUACAGCUACUAAAGUAACAAAGACUAGAAUGGCAACUACUGAACCUGCAACAACAACCACUCCAACCACCACUGUGUCCUCCACCACGUUCACCACCUCCACCACCCCUCAGCUUGAAACCACAGAGGAAAAGGUCAGGUGUGUGGUGAACCAAACUGAAGCCAUCAUUAACACAUACUCCUCUGUGAUUAAGUUCAGAUCAGCAGGACAGUUCUGUGUUUUCACACUGAUCAACCGUGAGACCGGAUCUCAAUUAACCAACUGCUCUCAGAUCCAAACCCACAGCAACGGAUUUACCUGUGAGGUGUCAGAUCUGCAACCUGGCAGUGUUUAUCAUUUUGGAAUAAUUUCCCAAACCGAUGGAGAGCAUUUCGACAUUUCACUUCAGACUGCUCCAUCAGCAGUAAGCAGUCUGAGCGUCUCCGCCUCCUCCACCAGCAUCAGGGUUUCCUGGCAGCCAGGGCCUGGACGCAGAGAGGCAUUCUGGGUAACGCUAAAUCGUGAAGAUGCACUAGUCCAGAACCUGAAGUUUAAAAGCACUGUGACGUCAUGCACUCUGGAUGGCCUUAGUCCAGGAGCACUGUAUACGGUCACUGUGGUAACAGAAGCAGUGGGGAAACAACAAAAUGCAACAAAAGACAUUCGGACAGUUCCUGCUCCUGUAACUGGGCUAAAACUGGAGAAUGACGGCAGUGAGAACUCAUUAAACACCGCCUGGACUCCUGCAGAAGGAGAAGUGGAUGAAUACCUGAUCUCUUUAACUUCCUCUUCCUCCUCCACUGAGCAGGAAGCUGUGCUCCACCCCAACACAUCCCAUUGGCUCUUCAGGGGACUGACACCUGGACAGGCCUAUCAGGUGUCAGUAAGGACUAAGAGUGGGGAACUCAGCACAGAGGCUAAAGCUGCAGGUAGAACAGUUCCUGCUCCUGUAACUGGGCUAAAACUGGAGAAUGACGGCAGUGAGAACUCAUUAAACACCGCCUGGACUCCUGCAGAAGGAGAAGUGGAUGAAUACCUGAUCUCUUUAACUUCCUCUUCCUCCUCCACUGAGCAGGAAGCUGUGCUCCACCCCAACACAUCCCAUUGGCUCUUCAGGGGACUGACACCUGGACAGGCCUAUCAGGUGUCAGUAAGGACUAAGAGUGGGGAACUCAGCACAGAGGCUAAAGCUGCAGGUAGAACAGGUGAGUGCAAACCACACCCACUGCUAGGCAUUGUGGAUGGGAAGUGUGUUCCUGCUCCUGUAACUGGGCUAAAACUGGAGAAUGACGGCAGUGAGAACUCAUUAAACACCGCCUGGACUCCUGCAGAAGGAGAAGUGGAUGAAUACCUGAUCUCUUUAACUUCCUCUUCCUCCUCCACUGAGCAGGAAGCUGUGCUCCACCCCAACACAUCCCAUUGGCUCUUCAGGGGACUGACACCUGGACAGGCCUAUCAGGUGUCAGAUUUAUUCUUUUGUAAUAUAAAUAUUUGUGUUUCUGCAGUUCCUGCUCCUGUAACUGGGCUAAAACUGGAGAAUGACGGCAGUGAGAACUCAUUAAACACCGCCUGGACUCCUGCAGAAGGAGAAGUGGAUGAAUACCUGAUCUCUUUAACUUCCUCUUCCUCCUCCACUGAGCAGGAAGCUGUGCUCCACCCCAACACAUCCCAUUGGCUCUUCAGGGGACUGACACCUGGACAGGCCUAUCAGGUGUCAGUAAGGACUAAGAGUGGGGAACUCAGCACAGAGGCUAAAGCUGCAGGUAGAACAGUUCCUGCUCCUGUAACUGGGCUAAAACUGGAGAAUGACGGCAGUGAGAACUCAUUAAACACCGCCUGGACUCCUGCAGAAGGAGAAGUGGAUGAAUACCUGAUCUCUUUAACUUCCUCUUCCUCCUCCACUGAGCAGGAAGCUGUGCUCCACCCCAACACAUCCCAUUGGCUCUUCAGGGGACUGACACCUGGACAGGCCUAUCAGGUGUCAGUAAGGACUAAGAGUGGGGAACUCAGCACAGAGGCUAAAGCUGCAGGUAGAACAGUUCCUGCUCCUGUAACUGGGCUAAAACUGGAGAAUGACGGCAGUGAGAACUCAUUAAACACCGCCUGGACUCCUGCAGAAGGAGAAGUGGAUGAAUACCUGAUCUCUUUAACUUCCUCUUCCUCCUCCACUGAGCAGGAAGCUGUGCUCCACCCCAACACAUCCCAUUGGCUCUUCAGGGGACUGACACCUGGACAGGCCUAUCAGGUGUCAGUAAGGACUAAGAGUGGGGAACUCAGCACAGAGGCUAAAGCUGCAGGUAGAACAGUUCCUGCUCCUGUAACUGGGCUAAAACUGGAGAAUGACGGCAGUGAGAACUCAUUAAACACCGCCUGGACUCCUGCAGAAGGAGAAGUGGAUGAAUACCUGAUCUCUUUAACUUCCUCUUCCUCCUCCACUGAGCAGGAAGCUGUGCUCCACCCCAACACAUCCCAUUGGCUCUUCAGGGGACUGACACCUGGACAGGCCUAUCAGGUGUCAGUAAGGACUAAGAGUGGGGAACUCAGCACAGAGGCUAAAGCUGCAGGUAGAACAGUUCCUGCUCCUGUAACUGGGCUAAAACUGGAGAAUGACGGCAGUGAGAACUCAAUAAACACCGCCUGGACUCCUGCAGAAGGAGAAGUGGAUGAAUACCUGAUCUCUUUAACUUCCUCUUCCUCCUCCACUGAGCAGGAAGCUGUGCUCCACCCCAACACAUCCCAUUGGCUCUUCAGGGGACUGACACCUGGACAGGCCUAUCAGGUGUCAGUAAGGACUAAGAGUGGGGAACUCAGCACAGAGGCUAAAGCUGCAGGUAGAACAGUUCCUGCUCCUGUAACUGGGCUAAAACUGGAGAAUGACGGCAGUGAGAACUCAUUAAACACCGCCUGGACUCCUGCAGAAGGAGAAGUGGAUGAAUACCUGAUCUCUUUAACUUCCUCUUCCUCCUCCACUGAGCAGGAAGCUGUGCUCCACCCCAACACAUCCCAUUGGCUCUUCAGGGGACUGACACCUGGACAGGCCUAUCAGGUGUCAGUAAGGACUAAGAGUGGGGAACUCAGCACAGAGGCUAAAGCUGCAGGUAGAACAGUUCCUGCUCCUGUAACUGGGCUAAAACUGGAGAAUGACGGCAGUGAGAACUCAUUAAACACCGCCUGGACUCCUGCAGAAGGAGAAGUGGAUGAAUACCUGAUUUUUUUAACUUCCUCUUCCUCCUCCACUGAGCAGGAAGCUGUGCUCCACCCCAACACAUCCCAUUGGCUCUUCAGGGGACUGACACCUGGACAGGCCUAUCAGGUGUCAGUAAGGACUAAGAGUGGGGAACUCAGCACAGAGGCUAAAGCUGCAGGUAGAACAGUUCCUGCCAGGCCGAUGUGGUGUACUUUAGUGCCUCUUGGUGACCCUGUGUCUCUUAGGCUGUCCUGGUCACCGACCGUAGGACAGUGGGAAUAUUACAAGGUGCAGCUGCUCAAUGCCUCAUUUGUGAUAAUGAACCAAACGAUAGACAGGGCAGCAAAGGACUUUCUGUUCACCAGCAAAACUCUGCUCCCUGGGAGUUUGUACACUGCCAAGAUCACCGUGUUCAGCAGUUCUUUAACCAACACACAGUCCUGCCAAGCAAGACUCGCCCCUGGGCGUGUUCAGAAGCUUCUUGUCCAUCACAGUGAUGAGUCGUCAGUGUGUGUACAGUGGCGCCCCCCGCUGGGAGAGUGGGAGAAAUAUUCUGUCUAUCUGACAGAUAUAGGAGGAGAAGUGAACAAAAGACAGACACUAAGCAGAGAGAUAAAUGAGUGCAGCUUUCAUGACCUCACACCUGGAAAAGAGUAUAAUAUCACUGUGGUAACACACAGCGGAGCCCUGAACAGCUCCACCUCCAUCACCACCCACACCAUUCCAGCCGGUGUCACACAGCUGACUGUCAAUAACGAGGGUACAACUGAUUCUCUGCGUGUGAGCUGGACUAAAGCGGAAGGAGAUGUUGACUUGUACCGCAUGCUGCUUAUCCAGAACAGCAUUGUGAUCCGAAAUGAGAGUGUGACAUCACAGCAGACAUCACAUAGCUUCCACAUGCUGAAGAGUGGCACCCCCUACAGGGUGGUGGUGAUCAGCAUGAAGAACGGUGUGUCCUCCAAACAGAGAGUGUCUGAGGGGUGCACAGUGCCUGCAGCGGUGGGUGGAGUCUCGGUCAGUAAUAACGGUCGGCCAGAUUUCCUCAGUGUGUGGUGGAGACCGGCGCAGGGGGAAGUGGACAAGUACACAGUCACACUCAGUCACUAUGGCAACAUCAUACACACACACACUGUGCCCAAGUCCAGCUCUGAGUGUGUGUUCAACUCACUGGUGUCUGGCCGCCUGUACAACAUCAGCGUCAACACACACAGCGGGUUGUACACCAACCGCACAGUGGUGCAGGAGAGAACACAGCCAUCUCCCGUGCUGACUCCGUGUGUUACACACAUGGCGCGGGAUGACUCUUUGAGGGUGUACUGGCGACGUCCUGCUGGAGAUUUUGACUUUUACAAGAUUGUUGUUAAACACAACAACGUGAUCCAACACAACACCACAGUCACACAGUCCCAAGAUGAGUGUGUGUUCACUGACCUUGUCCCGGGACGACUGUACACCGUCAUCAUCAGUACUUGGAGCGGCAAGUACGAGGCCAGUGUGUCCACUCACGGGAGAACACUCCCCGGUGGUGUGCGUAACCUGACGUUGUUGUCUCGGGGGACGCAGGAGCUGGGCGUGGCGUGGGCAUCAGCUGUAGGAGAUGUGGAUCAUUAUGAGGUUCAGAUUGUGUUUAAUGAUAUGAAGGUGUUUCACCCGGUCACUCUGAGCAGCAGUACGACUCAGCACGUCCUCUCACUGCUCACGCCCGGACGCCUCUACAAGAUCAUUGUGUCCACCUUCAGUGGCCCCAAUCUCAGUACACGCUUCAUUGAAGGGAGGACAGUCCCGAGUAAAGUGAAGAACAUCCACGUCAGUAAUGUAGAGGAGACAUCAGGUCUGCGUGUGAGCUGGACUCCAUCUCAGGGUGAUGUGGACAGUUACUGUGUGUUUUUGAUUGGUCCAGGCGGAGUCAUGGAGACACGCCCCACCCCCAAACACAUUAAUGAGAUCACCUUCAGCUCAUUACAGCCUGGAGAGAAAUACAGCAUCCGAGUGCAGUCUAUCAGUGGGAAUUUACACAACAACAACACUGUUACAGCACGUACAGUGCCUUCCCCAGUGGCGUCAGUGCAAGUGGACAGUGACGUGAGUCUGAGCAGUGUGUGUGUGAGGUGGCGUGCGGGGCAAGGUGUGUGUGAUGGGUUCAGCGUGUUGCUGCAGGAUGAGAGAGGGUCGGUAUUGAGGAACGUCACGCUGCCACCUGUCUCACUGCAGCAUGAGUUCAUACAGCUCACUCCAGGCAGGAAGUACCGCAUCCUCAUACACACCCUGAGUGGCGGGAUUCAGAGCAGAGUGGCCGUCACACACACACGCACACUCCCGGCACCGGUCACUGAUCUGUCCAUCCUGAGCCGCUCAUCCUCAUCCCUGUCUCUUGGCUGGUCUCGUCCUGAGGGGGAUUUUGACAGAUUUGUGGUUUACCUGUACAGAGGUGACAGCUCUCUGCAGGAGCAGUGCAGUGGAGGAGCGAACAUGAUGAGCUGCUCCUUCUCUCACCUGAGACCUGGAACAGAGUACAGAGCCACGGUUCUGACGUGGAGCGCGGAACUCAGCAACAAAAACUCCAUCCACAUCCGCACAGUGCCGGCGGCCGUGUCCUCUGUGUGUGUGGAGAGCAGGAACAGGACAGACACUCUGUAUGUGAGCUGGAAACCUGCUGCAGGUGAAGUGAGCGGAUACACAGUCACUCUGUAUGACUCAAAUCAAUCCCAGCAUGCCAGGCAGCAUCUGAGCUCUGACAUCACACAGCUGGAGUUCCAUGGGCUCGUACCUGGACGCCUCUACUUUACCAACAUCACCACACACAGUGCUAACCUCUCCAACAUAGCUGCCUCCAUCUCCAGGACUGCUCCAAAGCCGCCAUCGUUGUUCUCUUAUGGGGACGUGACCAACACGUCAGUGGAGGUGAAGUGGGCAGUGCCAGACGGAACAGAUUAUGAUGACUUUGAUCUGCAGUGGUCUCCAGGUGACGGCCUCUCAGUGAUUAACCCGUAUCAGAGCACCACGUCAUGCAGCCGCCUGCUGAAGGACCUGUACCCCGGACGACUGUACACACUCCGCCUCCGCACCGUCAGCCGCGCAGGAGGACACGCUACAUACAGCCAACACAUCUACAUACACAUCCGCACAAAGCCUCAGCGGAUCUCGAGUCUGCACUGUCGGCCGUUGAACUCAUCUGCGAUCUUGUGUUCGUGGAGCGCCCCACAGGCUGAUUUUGACUCGUACAAGGUGGAGUGUUUCCGUCAGGACUCGGGUGUGUUGGUGAACUCCAGACGAACGCUGCGCAACUCCACGCUGUACCACAUCACAAACCUCGAACCUGACAAACGCUACAGGGUCUCCGUUAAAGUUGUCUCCGACAACAUGACCAGCGAGGCAGCCGAGCACAGCACCAUCACCAUGAUUGACCGCCCCCCACUGCCCCCUCUCUCCAUCCGGGUCAGUAAGAGCACCGCCCACAUCACUAAGUCCUCCAUCUUCUUCCAUUUUAACUGCAGCUGGUUCAGUGACGCUAACGGUGCCGUUCAGUACUUCAGCAUCAUCGUAACAGAGUCUGACAAGAGUGAAGAUGUUCAGCCUGAACAGCCUGAACAGCCUGAACAGCGCCACCCGCUGCCCUCAUACAGGGAUUACAUCAAUAACACUUUAGUGAAGGUGUAUCAGACAGGAUAUUUCCCCAGCAAUUGUGACGAUGGACUCAGAGGCUCCACACACACUUUCAACAUCACACUGGGCUCAGGCAUGGACACUCUCGGGGGGAAGUGUGAAAACACGGACACAGAGCGCAGUGUGUACUGUGACGGCCCUCUGAAACCCAACACUGCCUACAGACUAAGUGUGCGAGCGUUCACGCAGCUGGGUUCAUCUCCCCUCUUUAGAGAUACCUUCCUCUCGCUGCCUUUAGUCACAGACAGAGAGCCUCUAGGGGGUGUGAUUGAGGGAGUAAGUGCUGGACUCUUCCUCAUCAUCUCAGUGGUGGGAAUCAUCGUCAUCCUCAUCUGCAGACACAAAACACACAAAGUUGUACAGGAGCCAAUGGUGCGGAUGAGUGUAAGGAGAGAAAGAACGACAUCAAUCUCGAGAAUUAGAGGGAAUAGACGCAUCUCAAGUCCGAUUAACAUCUUAAACUUCGAGGCUCAUCUCACUAAACUGCAAGCCGACUCCAACUACCUGCUGUCUCAGGAAUACGAGGAUCUGAAGGAAGUGGGUCGGAACCAGCCUCUGGACACUGCGUUACUGCCGGAAAACCGAGGAAAAAACCGCUACAACAACAUUCUACCAUAUGAUUCCACUCGAGUGAAACUAUCGUGUGUGGAUGAUGAUCCGAGUUCAGACUACAUCAACGCCAGCUACAUUCCUGGGAAUAAUUUCAGGCGUGAGUACAUCGCCACACAGGGACCACUUCCUGGUACUAAAGAUGAUUUCUGGAAAAUGGUGUGGGAGCAGAACGUCCACAACAUUGUCAUGGUGACGCAGUGUGUGGAGAAAGGACGGGUGAAAUGUGACCACUACUGGCCAUUUGAUCAGGACCCACUGUAUUAUGGAGAUCUGAUUGUGCGGAUGCAGUCUGAGUCCGUUCUACCAGAGUGGACCAUCCGGGAGUUUAAGAUCUGCAGUGAGGAUCAGCUGAAUUACUCUAGAACUGUACGUCAAUUCCACUACACUGUUUGGCCUGAUCACGGAGUUCCUGAAAGCACUCAGUCUCUGGUGCAGUUUGUUCGCACUGUGAGAGAUUACAUCAACAGAACCCCGGGUUCCGGACCUUCCGUCAUCCACUGCAGUGCCGGAGUAGGUCGUACUGGAACCUUUAUUGUUCUGGACCGGGUUCUGCAGCAGCUAAACACUAAAGACACAGUGGACAUUUAUGGUGCUGUGUUUGACUUGAGACUGCAUCGCUCACACAUGGUGCAGACUGAGAGUCAGUACACGUACCUGCACCAGUGCGUACGUGAUGUUCUUCGUGCGAGAAAGUUACGGAGUGAGCAGGAGAACCUGCUGUAUCCUGUCUAUGAGAACGUGGCUCCAGAGAACCACUGGGAUGGACUGCACAUGCGCCGUUAAAAGCUGUAUGGACUGGAUGAAGACUUCACUUUUGAAACACUGAAUUAAAUAUAUAUUAACUUUAUAUUAUAUUAUAUUUAUAAUAUAUUAUAUUUUUUUUAUAGAGCAUGUGUAAGUAUGUUAUAAACACAGUGUAUAUUGUUUAUAAAUCUCGUACAUAAGCUACUGUACAGGACAGAGUGAAUGUUAUCAUACAAAAUGAAGACUUUUUACUGCA